AUUCCCAUGUGGCGGCAAACUCAAUUCAACCGCAUAAAUCGCAGUUCUUGUUUACCUUAAUAUUUGGCGGUUUUGUUUUGAAUGUAAUGAUGAGUUAUGGGAGAGAUUUCUUGAAGACUUUAAAAAGGCUUGAUGUUCCAAACUUAAAUAAAUAUGAAGACAGUGAUUUUGAUCCUAUGUUUAAUGAGAAAAACUUAAUUUCAUUUCUGCAGUGUUUUUGUUCGUUAACACAAGAUAAUGUUUUGACACCGGAAGAGAUUGCAGAAUAUUCUUCUUUGUCACCUGCAGAAUUGGCCAGAUAUGAAAUUUUGUUGAAAACUGAAGAUGUACAGUAUCCUGAAAAGUUUGAGUCUGAGAAACGAGAAAUAAAAUUUCUUGAAGAACAUCUGUCACAAAUUGAAAGCCAUAAUAAAAUUCUUGAAAACCAGAAAGAACUUGCUAAACAAUACGAAGAACAUCUUUACCAAGAGAAAGAAGCCUGUGCUAAAGUACUUCAUGGUGUUCGAUGUCAGUUCCAGGAUUAUUCUGUGUCCAAAGUUCCCAAACUGGAAGCAGAGCUGCUUUCAGCAAUGAGGGAUAUAUCAAAUAUUGUUCAAGAGUUGAAAUCCCUUCUUAUUGAGUGCAAUAAUGUGAGCAAAACAACUUUAGCUAAUAAUAUUGAGCAGUACCUGAGAGCUGAAAAGGAUAUUUUAGAUCCUGUUAAAGCUUAUUUACAAAAGGAAUUUCAGUGUGAAGAAGGUGUUACAUUUUCUUUAAAAAUCCCUGAACGGACUUAUUUAGACGAACUGAAACAAGUGCAGUUUCUGCAAAAAGCCUUGAAAACUUCAAAAGCAUCUGAAGUGGAUGCUAUUGUGGAAAGCAAGAAGUUAGAAACAACUUUAAGAUUUUAUGAAAAUUAUAAAGAAUUUUUCCAGAAUUUGAAUAUUUCUUCUGUUGCACUGGAGAAAAAGUUCGAUAAUGUUUUGGUUUCAAAUAUAAAGUUGCAAAAAGAGGAAAAAGAAUUAAAAUUAUAUCUAUCGGAUAUUAUUUCUCAGGAAGUUGAUGUACAAUGUUGUCGGGUCAGCACUGGAUGCAAAAAGGAAAUGUUACGUUAUAUUCAAUAUAAUGAAGACAAGCUACAGCCGUCAAUGGAAGCUUUAGAAAAUCAGAGAACGAGACUAGAAUAUUUAGUGUAUCGGCAAAGUAUGAGCAUAAGGAAUUUGGUUAAUUUAAAGCAACUAAUGAAACAAACAUCAAAUCUCAUAGAAAAGGAACAUGCUGAAUUACUUAAUAGAAAGGUUCAAUAUCAAGAAAAAAUAAAUAAAUGUCAUGAGAAGAGUGAAUAUUUAUCCGAAAAUUCCAUCUUUGUGUCAUUAUAUAAAAUUCUAACUCACACAGAAGAUUUGAAAAAGCUAGAUAUGUCUCAUGUUCAUUUAGAUGAUGUUUUGAAUGCAGUUCUUAAGUUUCAUAAAGAAACAUCAAGUAUAGACGAACAUUUCAAUGAAAAUUUGAAGGCAGUUGACUCCAUUGUGUGACUCCAGUUGAAGAUGUGAUUAUAGUGAAGUGCUUUAAGAAAAUGGGGAUAUUUAAUAUCAGUGAUGAAUCUGAAAAUCAUUUCAUGCAGACAGAUUGAAUAAAGACAAUAAAAACAGUGACAACUGCCAAGAUGUAACAAACAACAAACAGUAGUUCUAGCAGUGUUAAAUGAUUUGAGGCCUAAGGGGUAACAAUAAACAACAAUGAAAGCAAGCAAGAUUCAACAUACAGAAGAGUAGAAAUAAAUAUACCUAAUUAGAUAUUGUAAUUUUAUUAUUAUGUAUUCUUAUUCAAGUGCAGAAAUUCUUGAUUUUUGUAUGAUAGUAAGAAAGGGAGGAAAAUGCACAAAUAAACAUGAUAUGAAAUGCGUUUAGCAAUUUUAAUCUUACUCUUGUAAUAAAUAAAGAUAUAUAUAAAGAGAGUUUUUAUUGAAUAUAAGAUAUACAGGUAGUCUUUUUUUUUAAUAAUGUAACACUUGGAAGUAAGCAAAAUGAAAUAAAACAGUUGCAAAAAGUGACAUCUUCCUUUGCCUGAUUACUAUAUAUGUACAGAGGCUGUUCGCACACUUUUUGGGCAAUUUUGCUUCGCUUUUUUAAAAAAAUAGUCAGCUUGGAUUUUUUUUUUUUUUUUUUUUUUUUUUUUUUUUAGUAUAAACUAUCAUCUGCUACUUGACAGUUUUGUUUUCAUGCAAAAUGACACUUUUAACAAAGAAAUGGGUGAAGGCUACAUUAGUGAUCUUUCCAAGAAAAUAUUCAUAUCUAGUUAUUAAAAAAUGCUGUGAAAGGCAUUAUAUAUAUAUAUAUAUAUAUAUAUAUAUAUAUAUAAAGCUACGAUAGAUAAUAU